CUCCCUUCCUUCAUCGCCGCAUGUUCGCGAUUCAUUCACUGACCCACACCCAGCAGAAUUCCGCUCAUGCUCAAGCCGAGCUUGUUCCACUAGCUCACUACUCGCGCCACUGGUCACCCGCUUUGUUCCUCGCCACCGUCGCCGUGUGCACUUGGCUCGACAGCUGCCCCCGCCCCCACACCCCCACACACUUCCUUCCUCACUGUCACUGUCUGAUCGACUCCCUGGCUGCCCUUCGCUCUCGCGCUCGUCUCGUCUGCGACCGACCCCUCUGCGGCUCUGUGCUGCUGCUCUCUUCCCGCCCCCGUUCCCGUAGGAAUUCCCACGCCCUCCAUUGACUCUAAAUCUGGCCAUCGCCUCUUU